GACGCGCAAGCCGCUCCUCCGGGAGAAGGGCGCCGCGCCUCCUGGCCGGAGAGUUUGCAGGACCAGCCGGCGCCCAUCCGGGGAGAGGACGGAAAAGAAGGACGUGGUUUUUUGUUUAAUUCUAAGGACAGAAAAAGGGGGCUCUGCAGUGGCUUGUUUUGCGGGGGACAGGAAGCCUGGCAGCCUCGAACUCCUAACUCAACGUUGGACUCGCCUGUUGCGCACCCGCCACAUCAGUUUGCUGCUUGGACCCUGGGAUGCCUCCAGGAGGUAUCCUUUCCUUGCCCUCCUCGCUUGGGCUGUGCCCAUUUCCUAGACUUCAGCACUGAGACCGCCACCCCGUGCCUCCAUCGGUGCCCUCCGCUGGGCUCAGCUGGCGCUUGGCUCACCCGGUGGCACUUAGUGGAAGAAGGGGCCGGUGCCUGGUGCCUUUUUGCUUCUUCUUUUCCUGGUGCUUGGCUCUGGCAGCAAAGCAACCGCAGGCCUUGUGCCCCCAUAAAAAGAUUACCAAAUUUAUUGUGGUGGAAGCUUUCGUAGUCCGUGGUCCACUGAUAAUGGCUGCAGAUGUGUCCCAGCAGGCAUGGCAGUGUGGUGGCAGGGUUGGCUAAACUUUGUUUUUUCCAUCGGCACGCCUCCCCUGUGUCUGCUGGUAAGGGGAGGUGGUCCUUGUUCCCUACCAGACUUCUCGACUGCUGCUUUUGGGGGGGGGGCUUGUCGCUGACUGCACCAUGGCCUUGCCCGGUGUCGAUAGGUCCCCCUCCUUCAAAUAACCACGUCCUCAUCCCACCAUGACCCUCCAAAGCAUGGAUAUGGUGUACAUCGCAGUGGAGCUGGUGAUCGCCGUGUUGUCCAUCUUGGGAAAUAUCUUGGUGUGUUGGGCAGUGGCCAUCAACAGCACCUUGAAGAACGCCACCAACUAUUUCUUGGUCUCCUUGGCAGUGGCCGACAUCGCUGUGGGACUGCUGGCCAUCCCCUUCGCCAUCACCAUCAGCGUUGGCUUGAGGAUCAACUUCCACUCCUGCCUCUUCCUGGCUUGCUUUGUCCUGGUCCUCACCCAGAGCUCCAUCUUCAGUUUGCUGGCGGUGGCAGUUGACCGGUACAUGGCAAUCAAGAUCCCGCUUAGAUACAACAGCCUAGUGACAGGAAAACGGGCGCGGGGCCUCAUCGCCAUCCUCUGGGUCUUCUCCUUCGGCAUCGGACUUACUCCGCUGAUGGGUUGGAACAACCGGAACUGUACGACACUCGCAAACGGGAGCCACGAGGCAUGCUUAUUUGAGGAAGUGGUCCCCAUGAGUUACAUGGUCUACUUCAACUUCUUCGGCUGUGUCCUCCUCCCUCUCCUCAUCAUGCUGGCCAUCUACAUCAAGAUCUUCAUGGUGGCCUGCAAGCAGCUGCGGCAGAUGGAGCUCAUGGGUAACUCCCGCACGACGCUGCAGAAGGAGAUCAACGCCGCCAAGUCACUGGCCAUCAUCGUGGGCCUCUUUGUGCUGUGCUGGUUGCCCCUUCACGUACUGAACUGCCUUAACCUCUUCCUCUGGGACUUUGCCAGUUACAAGCCCACCUGGGCCAUGAACUUGGCCAUUAUCCUCUCUCACGCCAACUCGGUCAUCAACCCCAUCAUCUACGCCUACCGGAUCCAGGACUUCCGGUGUACCUUCCGCAAAAUCCUUUGGCGGUAUGUCCUAUGCAAGGCCGACGACUUCCCCAGACGUCAUCUGGCAGUCAGCAACAUCAGUACGUCUCCUGCCUGCAUUUGAGGCUGCCGCCGCCACCUCCUUCAUUUUGAGGGCACAGAUAGACUAGGUGACCCUUGUGCACUCCAAGAGGCUGUGAUGACAACUGACCCCUAUUUAACUGUUUGUAUUGCUGCAGUUCAAAUCUAUAAUAUAUAUUCCUGCAUUGAGCAGGGAGCUGGACUGGAUGACCUCUAAGGUCCCUUGUUUUCAACUCUAAAAAAAAUUGACAAUUUAUUUUUUCUGUUUGUGUGUGUGUGUGUGAUUUUUAAAAAAUAUAUAGUUGCCUCUGAGAGGAGGAAUGUUACGGCCACAAUACAAGUUGUCUGAGGCCCAAACAGAUCCAACUUUGGAGGCAGGGGGGUGGAAGGGAAGAUGAGAUCUGUAUUUCCCUCCUGAAAGAAGUGAAACAAUCAUAUUGAAUUCUUGCCUCUGGAACAAGGGCAGAUUUUCCAACCCUGCUGCUCUAUUUGUUUUCCUUUGUGGAUGUCUUUAUUUUUCACAGUUCAGAAAUAACAAUAACGGAGGGAAAGGGGUGUGUGAGAAAAAGAUAAGGAGCAACAUUUUUUAAAAAAAGUUAUAAUUUGUUGUUUUGCAUAAAGAUAUAAUGUCUCCCCCCCCGUUGCCCCCCCUUUUUAAUUAAAAAGACACAUCAUCAGUUGUUUGAUGCUGCUGGUAUUCUCCAGUGGGAAAUCUUUUUAGGUACGCCAGCGAUGGCAUUUAAAUUGUGUGGUUGCUUUGGGGGGAAAAUUGUGAUGAAAGGGGCAGAGUUAAGGAGAAUUUCAGGGCUGGUAACGGAACAACUGGUUUUAACUCAGAAAAAGAGAGAGG